AUGUUCUACCCUGUCGAAUACAACAUAACGGACCAGUCAAUACCUCGAAGAGAUACUGGGACCCAAAAACCACUUCAGGCGAGUAACCAUGGCAAAACGACCGCCUAUUUCCGGGGAAGAAAGCUUCACGGCAAGAAAUUGAAAGUGCCAAAAGGAUACCGGGGACUUGUCCUCACCUCAACGGACCGCAUCUUGCCCACCAAAGAACAAUCGCCGGGGGUAAAGAAUGGUGAUGAAGGCAGCGAAGGCGAUGAAGAUGCCGAGGAGGUUCCGGGAGUCAAAGUCGUGGAGGAAAUGUCCGAAUUUGAUGAUAUCAUGAUAUGGGGACACGAGACUCUGGCGGAUGAGACAGAUCCUUAUAUGAAGGGCGUAGAGGAAUGGGUUUUGUUUGCGGAGCGGAUUCAUUCACAUAGCGAGGAGGAAAUGAAAGACGAAUGUGGGAUAAAGGAUGCUUAA